AGUUGACAUCUGUGAUGUCUUCUUCUGCUAACGGCACCGUUGAUGUUGCUGUACCUUAACCAUCGUAUACUGAUACGCCAUCGUUGACACAUCAGUGAAUAGGAAGCAAAGCAAUGGAUCCCUACCCUUCGUCCACAGCUCUAAUAGCCCAGAAAACUUGGGAACUCGAGAAUAAUAUAAUCACGGUGGACACCCCUCCGACCUCUACCAAUUCCACUACGGACUCCUCGUCCGACGCUAUUUUCUAUUACGAUGCGAGGGCGCAAGCUAAGUUCCAGCAGGACAGGCCGUGGGUUAACGAUCCCCACUACUUCAGUCGCGUCAAGAUCUCUGCACUUGCUCUUCUCAAAAUGGUGGUGCACGCGCGAUCCGGUGGUACCAUUGAGGUCAUGGGCCUCAUGCAGGGAAAGACUGAUGGUAACGCCAUCAUUGUAAUGGACGCGUUUGCCUUGCCUGUUGAAGGAACCGAGACUAGAGUUAAUGCCCAGGCAGAUGCCUAUGAGUAUAUGGUUGAUUAUUCCCAGACUAACAAGCAGGACUCUGCGGUUUUUGAUAAUUACUUAGGGAAGUUAAACGGUGGAUAUAGUGGAGGUCGGUUGGAGAAUGUAGUCGGGUGGUAUCAUUCUCAUCCUGGGUAUGGAUGCUGGCUCUCGGGUAUUGAUGUCUCAACUCAAAUGCUCAACCAGCAAUUUCAAGAACCAUUUUUGGCAGUUGUUAUUGAUCCAACAAGGACUGUAUCAGCUGGUAAAGUUGAGAUUGGGGCAUUCCGGACAUACCCAGAAGGAUAUAAGCCUCCAGAUGAUCUUGUCUCUGAAUAUCAGACCAUUCCUCUUAAUAAGAUUGAAGAAUUUGGUGUGCAUUGCAAGCAGUAUUAUGCUUUGGAUAUCACUUGUUUCAAGUCCUCUCUUGAUAGUCACCUCUUGGACCUUUUGUGGAACAAAUAUUGGGUGAAUACACUAUCGUCAUCGCCUCUCUUGGGUAAUGGAGACUUUGUUGCCGGACAGAUUUCAGAUUUAGCUGAAAAGCUGGAGCAAGCUGAGAAUCAAUUGGCUCACUCCCAUUUUGGGCCCCUAAUAGCACCACCUCAAAGAAAGAAAGAGGAAGAACCACCGCUAGCUAAAUUAACUCGGGAUAGUGCUAAAAUAACUGUGGAACAGGUCCAUGGUCUAAUGUCACAGGUUAUUAAGGACAUCCUUUUCAAUUCUAUACGUCAAUCAAGUAGUUUGCUCACAGAGGGUUCUGGACCUGAGCCAAUGGUGGAAAGCUAAUAAAGGCUUCCCAGUGAUGCUACAAAAGAUGGAUGUUUCAUCUCCUACAUACACGAAGAACAAAAAGGAAAGAACGAAAGAAAAUUCCAUUAACAAAGCUGCGGAGAUUUUGUCAUGUUUGAGGCUGAUGUAAAUCCAUCAUUGAUUUGGUAGGAAUUUGAUGUUGUCCUGUUGGAAGUUUAUACACGUCUACUGUUUAGCAACUUAUCCUAAUUACGGAGACUAUUUUCGCUUACCAUAUGCUUGAAUGCUGCUCAAGCAUAGCUUACUGGAGAACCUUAUUCCUUUUUCUUUUUUUUUUGGCCCCUUGAUUGUUCUUGUAGGUCGAGUUAAUCACGUCAAAGUAUAUUUGCAUAUGGUACUAUUAAAUUUUGAAAAGAA